AUGUUUCAAAAUAUAAAAUAUUUCACAAAGUAUUUUAGAAUACCAAUAGCUUUGAACAGAAAUAAAUAUAGUACUAAUAAAGACUGUACAUCAGUAACUGUAAAUCAUGUUAACAAGGUUAAGUCUGAAGAGGAAAUUCAGAAGAUUAUUUCUGUCAAAAUGAAAGAAUAUCAAGAACUAUUGAAAACCCAAUCACCAGAAAACAAUGAAAUAAGCAGUCAAAUUAAUGUAUUAGAAUCAAAGUUAAGAAAAUCAUAUGGAUUUCCUGAAAAUGAAGAUUUGACUGUGUUUCCAGUAUUUAAGUUUCAAGAACCCAUAAUAGAUAAUCAACUUGAUUUUGUUCAAGAAAAAAUAAAAUAG